UAUCCACGCGCGGACACCACUCUCCGCUAUCCCAGAGGGCCGCAGCAUAGCAUAGGAGUUAAGCUUGGGAGAGCGUCUAUCGAUUUUCACGCCCUAAAUCUCAACUGCUCUUAACACUCUCUCUCUACAAAUUGUCGUUUUCCGCUUCUUCCCUUCUGCUCAUCAACUAUGGAUCCAAACCCUAAAACCUUCCCGGUUCUCUCUUACGUCAUGUCUCGACUUCCUAAACUUGGUUCCAAACCCCCCGCCUCCGACUCUUCCCAAAUCGACAUCGAGUCCGGUGAUGUUGGUGCUUCCACCUCUGCCACCGGCGGAUCUGGUGAGCUCGUCGAUCAGAUGCCUCACCUUAGUCACCCCAAAAUCUUGGCCUCCAUGACUCUUGCUAUCUCCGACGUCGCCCAAACCCGAUCUGUCCUCCAAACCCUCGGUGAACGACCUGAUCACGAGGCAGUCGACAAAGCCAAGGCCAAAAUCGUGGAAAUCGACUCCCGACUGUCGAAGCAGCUCGAGGAAAUCGUGCUCUCGCCUCGGCCGUCGAGCAUCGAGCGGCUGCAGUUCAGGGCGCAUCAGGCGGAGAAGGAGCAGGAAUGCCGGCAGGCGGCGGAGAAGGAGAAGCAGAUUUACAAGGCUGUGGUGCAGCUGGAUGAGAUGCACGAGGCAUACGAGAAGUUGUUGAAGGAGGCAGAGGAGAGGCUGGUCAAGCUUUACGAGUCAGCAUCGGCUUUUGCCGAUGACGUGGAGCAUUUGCCCGUGAAGGAGGAGACGAAUGAGGAGGUUGUUGGGGUCUUGCAAGAGGCGUCUGGAAAAGGGUUAGAGAGAGUGGAUCUAUCUGGUCGGCGGUUGCGGUUUUUGCCAGAAGCGUUUGGGAAGAUUCGUAGCUUGGUUGCGCUCAAUCUCUCUUGCAAUCAACUUGAGUUCAUUCCUGAUUCGAUAGCUGCACUAGAAAAUCUCGAGGAGCUUAAUCUUUCUUCAAAUCUUUUAGAGUUGCUUCCAGACUCUAUUGGGUUGUUGGUUAAUUUGAAGAUCUUGGAUGCCUCUGGGAACAAGCUGCUUGUCUUACCUGAUAGCAUUUGUCAUUGCAGGUCAUUGGUCGAGCUGGAUGUGAGCUUCAACAACCUGACAUAUUUGCCAACUAAUAUUGGGUAUGAAUUGGUGAAUUUAAAGAGGCUUUCAAUCAAUCUGAACAAGAUCCGUUCCCUUCCCACUUCUAUUGGUGAAAUGAGGUCUUUGUGCCAUCUUGAUGCCCACUUCAAUGAGCUCCGUGGCCUUCCAUUUGCGAUAGGGAGAUUGACUAAUCUUGAGACCCUCAAUCUGAGUAGUAAUUUCAGUGACCUCACAGAACUUCCUGAAACAAUUGGUGAUUUAACAAACCUGAGGGAACUUGAUCUCAGCAACAACCAAAUCCAAGCUCUUCCUGAUACUUUUGGCCGGCUUGACAAUCUGAACAAGCUCAACUUGGACCAAAACCCUCUUGUUAUUCCCCCUGUGGAGGUUGUGAAUGAAGGAGUUGAAGCUGUUAAGGUUUUCAUGGCCAAGAGGUGGCUUGAGAUUCUUGUGGAGGAAGAACAGAAGAGCUUGCUUGAGGUGAAAGAACAAACACAGACUGGUUGGUUGACACGCAGCACCUCCUGGUUGGGUGGUGUUGUUUCAGGUGUAAGCCAGAGUGUUUCAGGGUAUUUAGGACCUGGUCCCAGAGACCCUUACCUUGAUCAGCAAUUAUGAUCUCAAUGUGCUCUGAAAUUUAUUUUUUGAGCAACCACUUUCAUUUGGAUGACAUGGCUUCCAGCAGCAAGCAUGGCACAUUCUCUUCUCCACUGUAUUCAGUCUGUUUGAGAGAGUCGAUUAUCUAGCAUUUUUUUUUUCCUUCAGUCCAAUUCUUGGGAUAUGUUCAUAAAUUUUGCCAGAAUAAAUAUGGUGUUUUUAUAUAUGUAUUUUUCUUGCUUUAGGCAAUUUCUUAUAGUUGCGCUGUACAUCUACACGAAAUGGAGUUUCCAAUGUUAGCACCAAACAGUGUUGCAGUUGUUAAUUUCAGGUUGAAUGGAUUAAUCAUGAAGUUUUCUUAAUA